AGUACCUCCGUAGUUUGGUGAGGAAGUGAGAAAGUGAGAAAGUACUAUCGAACCCCCCGGUCACGAAAAUAACCCGCCACCAAUCAACACUAGACUCCGUUAACUUCUCUUAAUCUUUUUUUCCUUUCCUCACUUUCAUCGUGUCGCGCCGUCGUCAAACUCCCAAUAUUCCCUUACCUCUCAAAACUCAAUUGGACUCGGUCAAUUAAUUCCAGGUGCUGGCAACUUGUCUGCUCUGUGGUAUUCUGACCUGUCCGUUCCUUUUCUCUAACUCGACUUGUCCAAUUAGCCCGGCGGACCUCUUUUUAUAGCUUCUCAUUUUUUUUUCUUAUCCGGGGCGGAGAGCUAUUUUCCACCACCACCACCACCAUCACAACAACAAAAUGUUCGGCGCAGUCUUAAGAAGGCAAGGCCUUCUCCGAACAACAUCCCUCAGAUCCGGCUUCUUCCCCCUCGCCAGGUACUAUGCCUCCUUCCCGCCGCACACAGUCGUCAAGAUGCCUGCGCUGUCGCCCACAAUGACAGCCGGUAAUAUUGGCGCUUGGCAGAAGAAGGUCGGAGACACUAUCGCCCCCGGUGAGGUCUUAGUCGAGAUCGAGACGGACAAGGCCCAAAUGGACUUCGAGUUUCAAGAGGAGGGUGUUAUUGCCAAGAUUCUAAAAGAUGCAGGCGAAAAGGACGUUCCUGUUGGAAACCCGAUUGCCGUCCUAGUCGAAGAAGGUACCGACGUAUCCGCCUUCGGUUCCUUCAGCUUGGCCGAUGCGGGAGGUGAUGCUGCAUCGGCUUCCUCCAAAGAGAAGAAGGCCGACACCCCAUCCGAUUCCGCACCCGCUCCGGCCCCGACACCAGCACCAGAACCGGAGCAAUACUCUUCCGAAGGAAGGCUUCAGACGGCCCUUGACCGAGAACCUAACAUUACCCCGGCCGCGAAGCGAUUGGCUAAAGAGAAGGGUAUUGUCAUUUCCAAUCUCAGUGGUUCCGGUCCCGGCGGCAGGAUUACUGAAGACGACGUCAAGAAGGCGUCUGCGACCACCGGCCCUUCUGCGUCCGUUACCUCUUUCGAAGAUACCCCUCUAUCCAACAUGCGCAAGACCAUCGCUAGACGCCUUCAAGAAUCAGUCCGGGAGAACCCUCACUUCUUCGUCACCAGCCAACUUUCCGUUACUAAGCUCCUAAAACUCCGACAAGCUCUCAACAGCUCCUCCGAGGGCAAGUACAAGCUAUCAGUUAACGACUUCCUCAUCAAGGCCAUUGCCGUAGCUUCCAAGAAGGUCCCCGCGGCCAAUUCGUCGUGGGCCGGUGACUCGAUCCGCCAAUAUAACAACGUCGAUGUCUCCGUCGCCGUCGCUACCCCCAAUGGUCUGAUUACUCCUAUUGUUACUGGUGUUGAGGGUCGUGGCUUGGAGUCCAUCUCGUCUAAGGUCAAGGAGCUCGCCAAGAAGGCCCGAGAGAACAAGCUCAAGCCUGAAGAAUUCCAAGGUGGCACCAUCUCGAUUUCUAACAUGGGCAUGAAUGCUGCUGUCGACAACUUCACAGCCGUUAUCAACCCCCCGCAAGCUGCUAUCCUCGCCGUGGGUACGACGAAGAAGGUCGCCGUCCCCGGUGGUGAGGACGGCACCGGUGUUGAAUGGGACGACCAGAUUACCGUUACGGCAAGCUUCGACCACAAGGUAGUCGACGGAGCCGUCGGUGCCGAAUGGAUCAAGGAGUUCAAGAAGGUCGUGGAGAACCCUCUGGAGCUGCUUCUAUAAAUGAGUCAAAAAUUUACGUACCUAGGGGCGUCGGGGCAUGAUUGGUCUAUAGACGGGAUGAAAUCCAUGUAGAAUUAUGCCACACGAAUUUGUACUAAUAAAUUCCUGCAAAAAGUGAAUUUCCGGCGGCGAGCCGGAUUCCGUAUUGGCUUAUAUGGUUUAUGCGAAGGAUGAUGUGUACGUAGGAUCUGAUCAUAUACGCAGAUGGAUAAUUGAAGCUUACCUCAAUGUUGAUUGAGUCCUUUCUAUAUGGCUCACUCUACUCUACUGGUAUUAGAUAUGGAUGUAUUUCGUCGAAUCUCUGCCUGACCUAGUAAUUAGGUAGGUACGCACUGGAGUAUUUAUAAGAUGUCUAACUAGGCACCUAUUCAUUAGACACUAGGUAGGUAA